GGAGGCUGGCUGCUGGCUCCCGUAUGGAGCUCGGGGGUCGUCGGGGCCGGGGCUCGGCCCUGGGGCCAGCCUCGGCGACCCCGGUGCUGCGGCAGGAGCGGAGGCCGGGGGCCGGGAAGCCGGGGACCGCCGGAGCCCGCCGCUUCCUGCUCUGUCUCUACCUGGUGGGCUUCUUGGAUUUGUUUGGUGUCAGCAUGGUUGUCCCUUUAUUGAGCCUUCAUGUCAAGUCCCUUGGAGCAAGUCCAAUAGUUGCUGGAAUAGUAGGGUCCUCCUAUGGCAUUUUGCAACUCUUUUCCAGCACCUUGGUGGGUUGCUGGAGCGAUGUGGUCGGAAGACGGUCCUCCUUGCUGCUCUGCAUUCUGCUCAGUGCCCUGGGUUAUCUCCUUCUUGGAGCUGCCACCAACGUGUUCCUGUUUGCUCUGGCUCGGGUUCCUGCAGGUAUUUUUAAACACACCCUCUCCAUCUCAAGGGCUCUGCUUUCCGAUCUGGUCGCAGAGAAGGAGCGGCCACUCGUCCUCGGGCGGUUCAAUACAGCGUCCAGCGUGGGCUUCAUCUUGGGCCCCAUGGUCGGCGGCUACCUCACUGAAUUAGAUGGUGGAUUUUAUCUUACAGCCUUCAUCUGCUUUUCUGUCUUCAUGCUCAAUGCUGGUCUGGUCUGGCUUGUCCCAUGGACAGAAACAAAACAUGACAGUGCACAGCAGGGCGUGCAAAUUGUCAAGACCGGAGUACCAGCAGUGAAGACAGACUGUGGAGUGCAGGACGCGGCCACCGCUGGAAGGGCCAUGGCAGGAGAGACGACUCCGCCACCACCCUGGGUGCAAGUGGCCUGGGCCCUGCGGGACAUGAAGAGCCUGGUGUUUUCUGAAAUGUGGGACCUGUUUCUGGUGCGCUUCCUGAUGGCCGUGGCGGUCAUGCUGUACUACAGCAACUUUGUCUUGGCCCUGGAGGAGCGCUUCGGGGUGCGGCCCAGGACCACGGGCUACCUCAUCAGCUACAGCAGCGCGCUGGGUGCCCUGGCCGGCUUCGCGUUGGGGCCGAUCCUGCAGCUGUACCAGCACAAUGCACACGCUGUGCUGCUGCGCUCCAGUGCGCUCACGUGCGCGCUGCUGGGCCUCCACGCCUCAGCCCGCACGGUGGGCGUGGUCAUCUUCUGCUCCACGCUGCUGGCCUUCUCCACCGCCAUCGGCCGGACAUGCAUCACGGACCUCCAGCUGACCGUGGGCGGGGCCCAGGCCAGCGGCACCGUCAUCGGCGUGGGGCAGUCGGUGACGGCCGUGGGGCGCAUCGUGGCCCCACUGCUCUCCGGGGUAGCCCAGGUGGUCAGCCCUUGCGGGCCCCCGAGUCUAGGGGCUGCCUUAGCCUUAGCAGCAAUUUUCGUGAUGUCACUACACAAACCUCGCUGUAGCAGCGGUGAGAGUGAUAAAUUAAAGACGGAGUAGGAUG